UACCUAAAAAAUACAAAAGAUCGCCAUCCCUUCCUCCAGAUCCUGAAUUUAAGAUUGUUUUUCCCAUCAUUUUAUUUUCCAUCGUUUGUCCUCAUCCAUCACACCUUGAUUCCAUCGUUUACGCCCAUUUGCGACCGCACUACCUCACCUUCGUUUAGUCGCAAAUCCGGUAUUACCACUAAAAAAGGACAACCAGAUCGCUACCUAAUCUUGUAGUAACAACUCCGAGUCGGCUUCGUAUCUGUAUACAACAAGUGAAAAAUGGGUCGCGUUGGGAGAUAUUUCUGCGUGGCUCUGCCAUUUAUCCUCACAGUCGCCAGUAUCAUCGCCGCUCUCAUCGUUGGAUUGACCGGCGUGAGCAGCAACGAUUUAUAUCUGUUCCGCAUCGACGUCACCAACCUGUCCAUCGACGCCACACAGUUACAGGACAUUGUCAACAAUGCUAGUGCUCUCGUCUCGGGCCAGGAUGUAGAUGAGCUCACCAACCAGUUUCAAGAUAAAAUCGACCAGGCCGGCGACAAGAUCGACCAGGCAGGCCAGGAUGUUAGCGACAAGGCAAAAGACAUCGUUAACCGCUCUCCCCUGUGGAGCAUGAUGAGCGCCAGGGACACUGCGGACGAUGUGGCCAGCGAUGUCACCGAUGCUCUCCAAGGCAUUCGCAUCACUGCCGCCGACCUCAACCUGGCCAACAAAUACGACUUCACUCUUUGGGGCUACUGUGUCACCCCUCAGGAUGGCAAGAAGAACUGCACCAAGGCUCAGUUUGACUGGGCUUCCAAAGAGCUCAACCUGGAUUGGGUGCAGCGGCUUACCGAGGUUGCUCAGCUAAAUGUCACAAUUCCUAAGGAGCUGGACGAAGGCUUGAACCUCUACAAGACCAUCACGAAGUGGACUCAAGUGGUUUUCAUUAUCGCCAUCGUCGCCCUAGCUCUAGAACUUCUCGUCGGGCUGUUCACAGCGUGCUCCCGCGCUGUCUCGUGCGUCGUUUGGAUCAUCUCCGGCUUUGCCACUGCCGCCAUUAUCGCCACUGCCAUUCUAUUGACCGUCACAGGCUCCACUGUAAUCGGUCUUGUGCUGGGUGUGGGUAAAGUUUAUGGAGUCAAAGCCAGCCUCAACACCAGCUUCCUCGCCAUUCUCUGGCUCAGUGUUGCGUUCGCGCUCGGCGCUGGCUUGUUCUGGCUCUUCAGCAUCUGCUGCUGCAAGCCCGAGAAUCGUCCUCACGGUGGCAGGUCUCGCCACUCCGACAGCGAAAAGCUGGUUCCCAACGGCUCGUACGCCCCUCUUGGUGACAACCGCAACUCUGGGUACAGUGGUUACAACUACCCUGCUCCUCAGCGCGGUGGCGCUCGUUCAGAUCUUGCCUAUGAACCCUAUUCUCAUUCGCGGGUCUAAGGAUAUGUAGUUAGUAAAGGACUAACACGUACCCCACGACAUAGUAGGGGUUUAUAUAUCGUGGGUUUGCAUUUGCCGGCGCUUGGUUGGGUUAUGAUGAAAUUUCAAUGACCAGGGUGUGACUACGGGUCGCAAAGAAUCUUUGAGUUGAGAAGAAAUGAAUACCCAGUGGAUAGAUUCAUACUUAAUGAAAUACAUGACUAUUGUUAAAUA